AUGAAGCUACUUGCAGCUGCCGCAACCCUUGCGACACAGCACCCCGUACUCGCCGUGUCCAGCAUUUUUGUAUUGUAUGCUGCCAUUUUGGUCGUCUAUCGGCUCUUCUUCCAUCCUCUUGCCCGCUUUCCUGGCCCGAAGCUCGCCGCCGCAACGCUAUGGUACGAAUUCUUCUUUGAUGGCAUCCAAUGCGGGCAGUACACAUUUGAAAUUGGACGCAUGCACGAGAAAUAUGGCCCAAUCGUCCGCAUCAGCCCCAACGAGCUGCAUGUGAAUGACCCCAAGUUCAUCGACCAGCUCUACGUGGCAGGAGGCAAAAAAAGAGACAACAUUCCGCAGAGCGUCUUCAGCACCGUUUCACAUGACAUGCACCGGCUGCGUCGCGGUGCCAUGAACCGCUUCUUUUCCAAGGCGUCGGUGGUGAAGCUGGAGCCGCUGAUCAAGGACACGAUCAACAAGCUGUGCACCCAGCUUGAGACACACUAUGGGGGGACGGGGCAGCCGGCGACGCUCAACAUGGCCUACAGCUGCAUGACGACCGAUGUAGUCACAGAAUACGCUUUCGCGCGCAGCUACAACUUCCUCGACUCCCCGACUUUCGAGCCCAAUUUCCAUCGUGCCAUAGUUGCCGGCUCCAACAUGGGACCUUAUACCAAACGCUUCCCCUGGCUAUUGGCCGUUAUGCGCUGUCUCCCGUCAGCCCUGGUGUCACGACUGGAUCCCGAGAUGGGCGACGUGCGCAAGCAGAUUGCAGAGAUCCAGGCAACCCGAGUGGAAGAUCGCAAAUCCGGGCGCGCGGGCGCCACCAUCUUCCACGAGCUCAUCGACGGGGAUCUCCCGGACGAGGAGAAGCGACUGGAGCGGAUGUGGCAGGAAGGCCAGAUCAUCGUCGGGGCGGGCACGGAGACGACGGCCUGGUCGCUCUCGGCAACCCUCUUCUACAUCCUGUGGACACCGGGCGUGCGCGCGAAGCUGCAGGCGGAGCUGGACGCCGCGAUACCCGACGCGGGGCAGCUGCCGUCGCUGCAAGUGCUCCAGGCCCUGCCGUACCUGGGCGCCGUCAUCACCGAAGGGCUGCGGCUGUCGUACGGGGUGAGCACGCGGCUGCAGCGGCUGGCGCCGGAGCCGCUGUCAUUCACGUCAGGCAGCGGACCGACGGGCAACGGGCCCACGACGACGACGAACACGACGUACACGAUCCCAGCCAACACGCCGGUGGGCAUGAGCUGCCCGCUGGUGCACCUGAACCCGCAGCUGUUCCCGGAGCCGCACGCGUUCCGGCCCGAGCGCUGGCUCGGCGCGCCGCCCUCGCUCGCGGGCUGCAUCCUCAGCUUCUCCAAGGGCAGCCGCCAGUGCCUGGGCAUCAACCUUGCCUACGCCGAGCUCUACUACGGCAUCGCCGGUCUCAUGCGCCGUCUCGGCCCGCGCCUGCGCCUCUUCGAGACGGACCUGUCCGACGUCGAGCUGCUGUACGACCGCUUCGUGCCGACGCCGAAGCUUGACUCCAAGGGCAUCAGGGUGUUGGUGCAGUGA